AUGGGAGGUAUAUUGAGCUCUUCACCUCCUCCUCCUCCUCCUCCUCCUCCUCCUCCACUUCUUGAUAAACCACGGCUGCAGAUGGAAUGGGGAGACAGAGACAAUGACCUGCAGUUCAUCAACAACUACACACCUAAAGCUGAUGGUCAACAGCAGUUCAGGAUCCUUCUCCAAGGACCAGUUGGAGCUGGAAAAUCCAGUUUCAUCAACUCUGUCAUCAGCAGCUUGGAGGGUAAAAUCUGUCACAAGGCUGUUGCAUGUAACACCGGUCAGAGUGGCUUUACCAAAGAGUUCAACCCUGAGAGUAGUUUGUCUGAAACUGAUCCGUUCUACAACAAGACUCCAAAUGUCAACGACAAAGUCCACGUCCUGGUUUCUGUCAUCGAUGCCGACACAGUAAAUCUACUGUCAGAUAAAGUUGAGGAGAUAAUUCAGGACAUCAGGGAUGACGCCACUGACCUGGGGAUUCCUCAUGUAGCCAUUCUCACCAAAAUUGAUAAAGCCUGUCCUGAGAUCAAAAAGGAUGUAAAAAAUGUCUUCAGGAGCAGGUUGCUGCAGAAAAAUGUUCAGGACUUCAGCAAACUGGUGGGAAUCCCAGAAAACUGCAUCUUCCCUGUGAAGAACUACCACUCAGAGAGGAACGUGGACAAUGACACCGACGCCCUGGUCCUGAACACCCUGAGACGCAUCAUCGAGAUUGGAGAUGAAUUCCUAAAGACUUAAAAAAAUGAUCUAAAUCUAACCAGUUGUGUGAAGACAUUUAAAGAAUGACAACCUCUGCAUGUCAGUUAUUAACAUGAUCUAAACUAUAACUGCACCCAUAGUGUGUUUGACAAGUUUAGCACUGGUAAAGUUAAAUAAAUAAACCUGAAAGUCCA